AUGUUUGGUCAGGCAGGAAACUUAAUCAUACUUGGUGUAAUGGCAGCGUUUCUUUGUUCUACGCCCAUGCUGAGCGGAACGGCACCGGCCUCGGUGCCCAUGCACGCGCAUUCUCACGACUUCGGCGCAGACUCCGGCGACCAUCAGAACGUCAUGCAGAUGCAGAUGGUUUUCGAUUACGGCUACAAAACGACGUUGUGGUUUUCUUCCCUAAGAACCGACACAAUCGCAUCCUACAUCGCCGUGCUACUCGGCCUUGGUCUUCUCGCAUUUGUACACGAGGGCCUCACAGUUUAUCGCAAGACGCGCGCGACCACACUUGGAUCUUCUGCUGACGCGCUGGAAUUUGGACUGCGGGAGCAAAAUUUGGGUUUAUCGUACAUGCUGAUGCUGGCAGUCAUGUCCAUGAACGCGGGUGUGUUUGUGGCUGUUUUGGCGGGUUUCGGAGCGGGAUUCUGUGCCUUUGGGGGUGAGAGGGGCCCGCUGGGGGGUCGCAGUGACGCGUGUCACGGCCAAUGA